AUGGCCGACCAACGGACGCUGCGCGUCGUCACCGCCGCGACCUUCAUACCCGCGUUCCCGCUGUGCAUCGCGCACGGCGUCGUCUCCGGCAGCCCGACGCCCGCCGUCGGCCUCGUACCGCUCGCCUUCUCCGCCGCCGCCGGCGUAUUCCUACUCGCGCGACAGCAGCGAUCUGCCACCGCCGCAAACCAGCAGGAGGACCAGCAGCAGCCGCAGCCGCAGCCGCAGCAGUUACUACAGGACGACCCCGAGCGAGGGUCCGACGCCUCCGCCGUCGUCGUCGAAGAGCAGUUCCGCAGCGAGGUGGGACGGCUACCGGUGCCAGAGGGCAGCCAUCCGCGCCACCAACACCACCACCACCUCGCGCAAGAGUUAGGCGGCCUCGAGAGCGAGUACGCCGAGCCGAGUGAGGAGCACGCGCGCGCGCAGGAGGCGCGCGAGUGGGCGCAGGAGGACACGCAGCGGCGAGCCCUACUCGAGGGCAUUGAGGAGCCUCCCGCCACGCCGGCGCCGCAGCCCCAGCCAGCCGCGGCACCAGAGGUGUCAGUGACGCUGCCGCCGCCGCCGCCGCCGCCGACGCAGGCCUUGUAUCGCUACCCGGUCCUCGUGUUCGCCACCGACACCACCCUCGCCACCGCGCUGAUGGUCGUGCUCGUCUUCACGUGGCUCCGCGCGGGGCGCGACGGCGCCACCGCCGAGACGGCUAUGCUCGCCGCGUACGCGACCAUCCCGCUGUUUGUCAAUUUCCUCAUCCAUCUCUACCUGGCGGUACGCGAAUUCUCCCGCGGCCUCGCGAUCCGGGAGCUGACAGCGUGGCUCGCGUGGCAGGUGGUGGACCCGGACUGCCCGGACUGCGGGCGGCGGCUGCGGCCCACGGCGCUGCCGGCGCUCCCGUGGUACCGCGAGGCGCCGGUGCUGCCGGCGCUGCCGGCGGUGCCGCGGCCGCGCUGGGCGAGCGCGGUGCCGGCCUGGAAGCGGCCGACGUGGAGGCGGCCCGCGUGGCGCGCGCCCGCGUGGAAGACGCCGGCGUGGUGGGCGCGGCGGCGCGGCGGUGCCGCGGACGACGACGCGGAGGACGCGCGUCUCUUCGCCGGCGCCGAGGCGCGGCACGACGGCGACGGCGACGGCCGCUACGACGACAACGACGAGGAGGUCGCGGCGAGGGCCGCGGCCGCAGCACCCUACCGCGACGACCCCGAGGCGGCUGGCGGCUUGGGCGCCGCUGCCGACGCCCAGCACGACUCCGAGCUUGUCGAGCCCGAGGUCGUGGAUAUCGUCGGCAAGAAGCCCAGAAGGGCAGGCAGAGGCUCCUCUUCGUCUUGA